ACGUCAGGAAACCGCACAGUUGCUUCAGUCGGGCGAUUCGGAAGGUGGCAGACAGUGUUAAAUAAAAAAAUAUUUUCUUUCGUAAUUGGCGGAAUUAGGCUACCCAUCGCAUUUGUCGUGUAAUGGCUUUUCUGCGUUCUGCGGUCCGAUUCAGUGUUUAUAAAAAAUACGGUUUGUUCUUCGAUCCGCUUCAAAAUAAUUUUGGCAAAUUCCAAAAUUUUCAUUUCAAGCAAGUCGCGCUCAAGAGCUCAGCCGCCAGCAGUACUUUAGUGGAAAAUGCAGCCAAUGCCGUGGAUCCCCCCAAAGAUCCCCUCGAUACCAGCUUCGAUGAUCCAAGGGCAGCUUUUAAGAGCAAAACCAACUUUGAGCUGGUCAGAGCGUAUGUGGUUUACGCGUUAUGUUCCAUUGAAUAUUUGGUUACGCACAAUAUGCAGUUAAUGAAGUUUUCGAAGGCCAUUUUAGGAGAAAAAUUAUUCAUCAUGAUGAUGAAAGCCACCUUUUAUGGGCACUUCGUUGCUGGAGAGGAUCAAGUCAAAAUCAGACCGACCUUGGAAAGGUUGAGGUCGUUCGGAGUUAAACCCAUUCUUGAUUACUCCGUGGAAGAGGACAUUUCGCAAGAAGAAGCCGAGAAACGUGAAGUAGAAGCUUCCGUACCCGAAGCCGGAGAAGAAAAAGUCGAAGGACCCCUAAAACAAUACCACGUAGACAAAACCUUCGCAGACAGGAGGUACAAAGUACAGUCUGCAAGAACCUACUUUUACCUUAAUGAAGCUACGUGCGAAAGAAAUAUGGAAACAUUCAUUAAAUGUCUGGAGACCAUAGCAGACUUUCAGCAGACUUCUAAAGGAUCCACUUACGGCACUGGAAUAGCAGCUGUCAAACUAACUGCCUUGGGUAGGCCACAAUUAUUGCUUCAAUUAUCAGAAGUAAUUAUGAGGGCAAGAAACUAUAUGACUGAAAUUGUUGGUGGAGAAGGUAACGUCUUGUCUCAUCAUGUCACACGUGAAGAUCUCGAAGCCAAAUUUGAUAAAAUUCAAGACAAAGAAUCUCUAAGCAAAUUCCUUACUCAAGUUACCUACGACAAACAAGGAGUGCUGCAUUUGUUCCCGUGGUCUGGAAUCAUUGACGAAAAUCAAGAAUUGAGCACCACCUUCCGAGUACCAGAUCUCAAAUCGGGCAGAAUGAUCAGGUUAAUCACACAACUAUCAACCAAAGAGGAAGAGAUGUUUAGGAAUAUGAUCAGGAGGUUCAAUACCAUCGUUAAAGCAGCCGAAGAAAUGGACGUCAGAGUAAUGGUCGACGCAGAACAAACGUAUUUCCAACCGGCCAUCACGCGAAUUACUUUGGAAUUCAUGAGAAAAUACAAUAAACAAAAAGCUAUAGUUUUUAACACUUAUCAAUGUUACCUAAAGAACGCAUUCUCCGAGGUAUCUACCGAUUUAGAACAAGCGAAACGUCAAGACUUUUAUUUUGGAGCGAAACUUGUAAGAGGUGCAUACCUCGAACAGGAAAGAGCUAGGGCAGCAGCGAUGGACUACCCUGACCCGACGAAUUCCAAUUACGAAGCAACCACCGAAAUGUACCAUAUGACUCUGUCAGAAUGUCUGAGGAGGAUCAAAGCAUUCAAACAGAAAGGGGAAGACAAAAAGAUCGCCAUCAUGGUGGCGUCCCAUAAUGAAGACACCGUUAGAUUUGCCAUCGAGAAAAUGAGAGAAUUCGGCAUAGAGCCUUCUGAUAAAGUGAUAUGUUUUGGGCAAUUAUUUGCUAUGUGUGACUAUAUCACAUUCCCAUUAGGUCAAUCUGGUUAUUCAUCGUACAAAUACAUCCCGUACGGCCCUGUAAACGAAGUUCUCCCGUAUUUGUCUAGAAGAGCUCACGAAAAUAAAGGUGUUUUACAAAAAAUCAAAAAGGAAAAGAGUUUGCUUGCUAGGGAAAUUUUUAGACGCUUGUCCCGAGGACAACUAUUUUACACACCCAAAGGAAAUUACGUUCCCAUAUAAAAAAUUUUGAAUGCAGUCCCCCAUGAACAUACUGAAAAAGGUUUAUCCUUAGUUGAAGACUUACUCUUUGUAGAUAAGUAGAAAAAACGACAAACCCAACUGAUAAGCUACACGGUUUCCAGAAAAUAUCUGCGUGAAUAUUCCUCAUAGUCACCUAGUUUAAGCUAAUGGGACGCAAGGCCUAAAUUAAGGUUAUUUUUUGAGUGCAGGUCGAUUUUUUCGUUGUUUUUUUUUUAAUCUCAAUAAAAAUGAUAUUUAAUAGAUUUUUAGAAUUUUAAUACUCUUUGACUACACUCUUUUUUUAAUUAAAAUAGAUAGACUGUUGAUUGUAAGGAAAUAUAUUUCAAUGCUACCUACGAAAAGUGUAUUAACUAAAAAAUAAACCUGCGCGAAAAUAAUUGAAUGUCAAUUAGGGAACUGAUGUAUUCGAUAAUGAAAAAUAAAAAAAAAACCGUAUUAACUCGAGGUAUUAGUAAGAGUAUUGUAAUUUAUUGUUUUUAAUUUAUUAAAACUAAGAUAUAGUAUAUGCAGGGUAUCUUGAAACGAAACAUCUGUAAUUAAAUUAAAAGGUAAAUAAAAGUAAACGCAUAUAAGCAGCCAGUUGUUUAAACAGCACAAGCCUAUCGCAAAAAACAUUUUUUUAAUCUCUUUUUAAGAUACUCUGCACGAUUUAAGGGGAUUCUAUGAAUUCACGCAGAUUCAAAAGCUUAGAUUAAUGAAGUAUGAAUUAAAAUAGAUAAAUUGUACAGUUAAUAAUUAUCGUGAUUGCAUGUUCAUUUUGUUGUACAUUUAUUGGGAAUCUCACCGAGCCAGAGUAUCAUGCCCUAUUUAAAGAAAGCAACUACAAUUUUCACUUUAAUAAAUAUAUACUUGAUGUGAUGUUAGCCCAUUCGACCCCGUAGUGUAAAUUAUUUAUUGUUUUCCACAUGUAUACCCGAUCAAAACGCAGCAUUAUAGUUUUAAAUUUGUAAAUAUGUUGUUAAAUAUUUAACAGAAUUUAAAUAUUAAAUUAAAUGACCCAAAAACAAACAUAUGCUUGCAUAGAAUCGUUGCUAUAUAAACGCUAAGCUGCAUGUUUCCACGUGAAAAGUUGCUUGCUGUAAAAUGGGAUUACAUGAUUAUAAAUGAACAGGCUUUCGAAUAUCAAUUAGUGCAGCAUAGAAUAUUUUUUAUGAAAUGUAAAGUCGAAGUCUUAGCAAAUCCGAUUAUCUGUUUCUAGAAUCCCAGGCAGUUUUAGGUUACACUUUAACCAGGGUUACAAUGUAAGUUUUAUUAUUUUUUUUUUUUUCAUGAAAUAUAUUCAUAAAACUAUACUUUUGCUCAUCAUUACGACGGAUAUUUUAAGUAGCCUGUGAUUUUGAGUUUUUCAUGAAAUAGUUGAAAGACUACCGUCUAAUAUAUUUUUAAGUUAUUUUUUGGUGUGUACGAAAAAUAAAUUCCGCUAAAAUCCUUUUUUUGUUUUUAUUUAAGAAUGUAAGACUGUGUGUUACUCAGAACGAACGUUAGCUUAUUGGAACGAAAACGUAUUUAAAUGCGUUUCAAAUCCAGUGAGCUAAUAAUCUAGAUAUUACGUAAUAUGAACAUUGUGUCCUUAUAGUGUAUGAUCUUUGACAAUAAGUACA